AUUUUAAAAAUUAUAUUUAUUUAAAAAUAAUAGGAUUAAUUGUCGCCCAAAUAUGAGUACUCAACAGCAUAAUACCCGUACUAAUAGACCAAUUUCCACUAAUACUACUACUACUUAUAAUAAAAUACAUAAUAUGGAUAUUAGCCCACAGAGAGAUCAACGUAGAGGGGGGUCUUCAUGUAACUGUAAAUGGGUUUUGGCCAUUAUUUUUCUCAUAUUAGUUGCAUUGGUUAUUGUAUGCCUUUAUUAUUUGGUACGAUAUGAGAACCAAUGUAUAGCCGAUACAAAUAAUAAGAAAAAAUGCCAACAAAUGGAUUGCAUUUUAUUAGCCUCGACACUAAUAAGUCCAAUAAAAACAAAUAUCAAUCCAUGCAAUAAUUUUUAUGAAUAUUCUUGUGGUUUACAAGAAUAUUCUGCAUUACAAGAUAUCAACACUUUCAUCGAUACCAUUGAAUAUCAAUCAAAUGUUGAUCUUAAGAAUGCUAUUGAAGAGCAACAAAAACAACAAAACAAUGAAUCUCACAAAUAUAUGGCAAAUUUAUUUAAGUAUUACAAUAGUUGUCUCAAUACUGACGCCAUUAUAGCACAAGAAGUGAAUCCGUUAAGAUCUAUAAUAAAUAGUCUAAAUGGUUGGCCAGUAUUAGAGGGCAACGAUUGGGGAUUAAAACAUUAUCAUUGGAUUAACACAUAUGUUAUGAUCCGAAAGAUGGGUUUGAAUGCCGACACUUUGAUCAAGUUUUCCAUUGAAAAAGACAUCCGACAAGUGAACAGUUCCCAGUAUAUCAUUGCCAUCGACGCACCUGACUUUGAUGUGACUGCCGAUAGGCUUAAAACAAUGUCAAAAGAUUAUAUCAAUGUUAUGGUCACUUUUGCCACAAUGAUGGGCGCAAACAAAGAUUAUGCAAACAAUGAUUUACUUGAGGUAUUGGUGUUCGAAGAGGAACUCAUUUUGUUAUCCAACUGGCCUUCAUAUAAACAAAACUAUCAAAAUUUGACAAACGAUUACAUCACUGUUAAAGAGUUAUAUAAUAGGGCUCCAAAUAUUAAUUGGCUUCAAUUGUUGACUGAAUUUUUUGGUUCACAUGUUAACGAUGAUAUGGAAGUCCGUCUAUUGGCGCCAUUAUAUAUCACAAAAUUAAGUCCAAAAUUGCCGCACACUAACCCCAGAACUUUGGCCAAUUAUCUUAUUUGGAAAGUUAUAUAUCACUACAGUUCACUGUUAAGCCCGAAGUGGCAAAAACCUGUUACUAAUUUUCGACUCAUAACUGAUGACUACCUGAGACCCAGUCGAUGGCAAACAUGUGUACAACAAAUGAAGACAAUGAUGCCGAUAGAGAUGGCAAACGUCUAUCUAAAUAAAUAUUUCAAUAAACAACAUAGAGAUGAGGCUAUUUCAAUGAUUGAUAAGAUUAAGGAGUCGUUUGUUAAAAGUGUUGACGAAAAUAAAUGGAUGACUACUUCAGUGAAGACGAUAGCGAAAAGGAAAAUAUUAUUAAUGAAAUCAAGAAUUGGAUUUCCAAUUGAACUCACGGAUCACCACAACUACAGAGUGAACAGUUGGCUCAGUCCUAAUAUUGAGAUAACGGAUGAUUACUUUUCCAAUACACUGAAAUUGAAUCAAUUUUUAUGGGAUAAACAUAAAGAACUAUUGUUUGAUUUAAAUCAAAACACAACAAUCAGAAUUUUACAGAAUUGGAUGAAACCAACAGAAUUUGCUGUCAAAUAUCGUCACGAAGACAAUGUUGUAAUGAUAUCAGAUCUAAUGAUAAAUGGAUUUUUCAAACAAGAUUUGCCAAAAUCCAUUAUUUAUGGCACUUUAGGUCUAUUAAUCAGUGAACAAAUGUUGUCGAUGUUUGACGAUAAGGGUCGACAUUAUGAUGAACACGGAAUCUAUGGCACUAAUUGGUGGGACAGUACCACAACAAAUGGCUUCCGAACCUAUGCUAAUUGUUAUGAAAAACAAAUGAACGAUUUUGAUGUUAUUAUUGCAAGAAAGACAAUGACUGAGAGUCACAUCCAGUUUCUUAGAAAUAUGUUUAUGAAAGACAAAGAGACUGUUAGUCUGACAUUUGAUGCCUACAAGUUAGCCAUUGGUGCCAAAGGUGUCGAUUCCGGUAUUAUGGGAUUCAAUGAGACCGCGGAUACGCUUUUCUGGCUGUCUGUAGCCAAUACUUACUAUAAACACAGUAAUUAUCAAAAACGACUCAUUGAUGAUAAAGUUUUGAUUGAAUUCAGAAUCAAUUUGAUUGCUUCAACCAUAGAUCAAUUCGCCAAAAAAUUUAAAUGUACUGUCAUUGGUUAUCAUUGUUAUCAGUGUUACAGUUUGGUGAUCAUUAGUAGACAAUUAAUAGUAUUUUACAAAUGA